AUGUAUACUCUGCUGUCUGGCCUCUACAAAUACAUGUUCCAGAGGGAUGAGUACUGCAUCUUGAUCCUUGGCUUGGACAAUGCUGGUAAAACUACCUUCCUUGAACAAACUAAAACUCGAUUUAACAAGAACUACAAAGGGAUGAGUUUGUCCAAGAUCACCACAACUGUUGGCUUAAACAUUGGUACUAUUGAUGUUGGCAAAACUCGCCUCAUGUUCUGGGAUCUGGGUGGCCAGGAGGAGCUCCAGGCUCUUUGGGAUAAGUAUUAUGCUGAGUCUCAUGGAGUGAUCUAUGUUAUUGACUCCACUGAUGAGGAGAGGCUCUCAGAGUCUAAAAGAGCUUUUGAGAAGAUGAUCACCAGUGAGGCUCUGGAGGGAGUUCCCAUUCUGGUGUUAGCUAACAAGCAGGAUGUAGAGACUUGUCUGUCAAUCCCUGACAUCAAGACAGCCUUCAGUGACUGCAUUAUCAAAAUUGGGAAGAGAGACUGCCUGACACAGGCCUGCUCUGCUCUGACUGGCCAGGGUGUGCACGAGGGGAUCGAGUGGAUGGUGAAGUGUGUGGUGAGGAACAUCCACCGCCCCCCCAGGAAGAAGGACAUCACCUAAGGACUCCUCCCUCAGCCAAGGAGUGGACAGUCUCUUUCCACACAGUUCUGUGUUCCCUUUAAAGAAGGUGGCCCACUGGAUUCCUCUUACAGCUGAUUCUUUCCUGAGUUUGGAGACAAACCUUUUUCUGUGUCAAAAAAAAAAAAAACAAACCAAGAAGCCUUGAGCAAGGGAUUGCAGCAGGGUGGGGAUGGGAAUCUCUUCACUGAGGGCACAAACCCAGUGCCAAGCCACACUUGGUCAGCUGCACAGGACUUCAUCUUCUGCUGUAUUACUUUGUGAUCCUUGGGCUGGUGGCCAGUGCCAUGAAAGGACCUCCUGAAGGACCUGUCAUGGUGGAGAAGGAAGGGGAGAGCUUGGGCAGUGGCUGUCUCUCCUCACCCAGAGGAACCCUUUUGCUGCUCCAGCCCUGUGGUUGCUGCAGGUGGUGUUCCUGGCCCUGUUAUGCUGCUGUUUGUGUAAUGGGGGGAGAGAAGGUUGAUUAUCACUCAAUUUUCAGCCAACCUGUUGAUUUGUAACUUUUACCUGUGGUAAAUGCAGAUGUGGAAGGCAACAUCUGUACUGUGGUUCACUCUUUAGGUGGGCAGCAGCAGGACAUGGGUGCCAUGUCCAUGCUGCCAGUCUUCCCAUUGUAAAUUCUCUCUAAUCAUAAAAAUAAUUGGUGUCUUCUGUAAGUGGAGUGAAAUGAGGCCCUUUGUGAUCUUCCUAGGCCAAAAGCUGAACCUCUAG